GUUCUGGAUAACAAUUGGACGUUUCAACAAAAUAACGAUCCUAAGCAUACUGCUAAAGCAACGAAGGCUCUUUUACAAGCUCAGUGUCCAAAAGUUCUCAAUUGGCCUUCCAGGUCUCCUGACCUCAACCCAAUUGAAAAUCUCUGGGCAAUUAUGAUGAAUAGGGUUGAGAAAAAGGUGAAUUUCUUGGUUCAAGCAAAAGAAACGAUGUCAAAUGAUCAUUUUGUAUCAAUUAUCAAAGAGAAAUGGUAUUGA